AGAAGAUUUUUGCAAGCCUAACGGUGAAUGCUUAAGGUAAGGCCUAGAGUGGACUUGUUCACAGAUGGUGACCGAGACCUUGUCAAUGAGGGCUGUGCAUAGAAGAUUUUUGCAAGCCUAACGGUGAAUGCUUAGGGUAAGGCCUAGAGUGGACUUGUUCACAGAUGGUGAUCAUGGAGAAGCAACCUGCUACCCCUUGCGCACCGUGGGCUUUUCUGAAAUCUGUUUCAGAAAAGUUCUAUAUAUAUUUUGCAGAUCACUAUCACAGCUGGCUGGAGCCUUUGGAUCGAAAAGCCAUCGGCAUGGCAUCGUAGACGCGUACAGUUCUGUGCAGAUAUGAAAAUUCGACCGACGGACAGGCCGAUGCAAAGGAGUGCCGAGCUGAAUAAGAACAGAGCAUGAAUGCAAAAAAAUCAGGCCGAAGCUGGUCCACUGGGGAACACUGAAGCGUCUGCCCUUGCCUAGCCUCAAUUUCCCGAUACAUAUGUCUGACAACGAUGAUGGCUUCAGCACACUUGGUAGCCGCGUUCUUAAUCUUCGCUUUGUUUUCAGAAAUUCCGCGGACAUCUGCGCAAAUCAAUGUAAAUGACUAUUUCGAUCAAAUAGAGGCGGAUGUUAAAGAGCUUGCCAGCAAGCUCGGUGAAAUCUUCAGCUCUCCAUGCGGUAACGACCCUUCAUGCCCGAAUGGAUGCUCCCAAAGUAUGUGCCAACAACUGGCCAACAAUCUACCGAUAUCGUACAUCAACAUUACCUCCGCGAGCAAUCUAUAUAACUGCACGGACCAGCUGCAGGCAAAGUUUCCUACCUCCAACGUUUGCCCUUCAAUACAGGUCACGAGAUCGAACAGCUCCGUCACAUACUUUAGUGAUGGUGGUCAGGGACAACCUUCGGAUGUCGAGAGCAGCUCAAUCUGCAGGACUCAGCUGCUGGACGAAACAUUCCAGAAUAUAUCCGGCAAAGUGAAUUACUACAUGGACUACUACGUGGGAACGAUCGACGGCACCCGUCGAGCUUAUCCAGGAAGGGAGGAGGAACAAGACUCAUGCCUUGUGUACGACAGCAGGAUUCGUCCGUGGUACAAUGGGGCGAUCACGUACCCGAACCAUCUCGUCAUUCUGGUGGACAACGGGCAUUCAAUGGCCGACACCCUGCUGAGCACAGGUGCACUCAGUGACACGAAGCUCCUUGUGGCGCAGACAUUAUCCUUGGCGCUGCUGAGCACAACUUACGAGAACAACUACAUUAACGUGUUCAGCUUCGGCGGGGCACAAAACGAUAUCUACACGCAAUCAUUGCAAGUGAUGGCCAACCACACGGAGCGGGCCACUCUGAUGAGCAAAAUUCUCAGUUUCACAAAUCAGACCUCGUUGCUGAACACGGACGUGACCGCCUUCGUGACGGGGCUGAACACCACUCUGCAGGCGUUUUCGGACUCGACGCUGCCGAAUGCUAACGAUUACAAUCUGACCAAAAAUAUCGUCCUCUUCACUGACGGCAGCUUCGCCAACUCGGACAUUCUGGACGAUCCAUCGGUUAACGCAAUCAUCGCCGAGCUCCAGGCGAUCAAUGUGAAUCUUUUCGUGUACUCGGACAAUAGUUCCACCGGCCUCCAGACACUGACGGCUAAGAUGAACGGCACGUACGAGGAUUGGGCGCCUCAAGACAACCCUCUGCACCAGAUGCGAUCGUACUUCGGAUACCUGGCCGCCUCCCACAGAAAUCUCUUCAACGAUACGCCGUUCUGGAUCAGCAAUUACGACGACACCUACAAAAAUUCAGACAUCAUUACCGUGACGAUGCCCGCAUUCUAGCAGGACAAGUUCGUCGGCGUUGCAGCGAUAGACGUACCCUAUGAGGAACUCCCGUUCACCAGAGCCGAAAUCGAUGAUAACUUAGGGCAACGGCGUACUACCCAGAGCAAUACGUUGGAGAGCGCUUCCAGUUCGACACGAGCUUCGUCCGUGCCUCCUAUAUUUGAUGACUACAACUGCGGCACAUCGGGCUCGAUGUGCCAAGGACCACCACAAGAACCGUUCAACGAGGAAGCAUUCGAGGAUCGGAAAUGUAGGAACUUGUGUGCAGCUCAAGGAGACAACAAGGUGAAGGAGAUAGUCAUCGGGACUGUGGUUGGUGCCAUAUUCGCAGCGGCAGUGUUUGGAACUGGUGCCUUUUUGUUCAUGCGGCGAAGAAAGAAAGAGGUUCUGGAAAGAGGACCAUCGGAGACGACAAACGAAGAUGCCCACAUCAAUGCAGACCAAGAGGAAGCUCGUAAACGACCGAGUGAAAUGUGGGGAGAUCCUUUGUAGAGAAAUUUCGAGUCACCGGAUUACACGUGCGUGCACAUGCGCAGGGGAACUCGUGCUGGGAUGAUUUGUAGUCAUUAUGCUUCCCUCAACUUGCGCAGGUCGAUUAUCGUCGAGUUGCAAUGCUCUACCCAAUCAAUAUCAUAGUACUUGCUUUUUCUCCUGGCAGUAUCCCCAAUUAUGAUACAUAGGUCGUACUACGUACCGAUCCCACAUGUUAAAAACCCCACGUCCAUCAUCAGAGAAUAGAGACGAAAAACAUUUUUUUAACAAUUUGAUGUCCUCCUCUAAUUCAAAAAAAUAUUGAUUGCGGCUUUCUCCGAACCUCCAA